UGGUUAGCCCAAUUUCUGAACCAACCUCACCCUGAAAGCUCCUCCUCAUCUCCUCCUACUCUAAAUUUCCAUACUUUUUCUGAUCAUUCAAAUGAUAAUACGUCAACAGCAACAAAACCAACAACCGGCCACUUUUCCUUUGGGUCUAAGCUUUCGUCUUCCCCCAACCCACAGCUUGAUCAAAACCUGGUCAUCCGGCCUUCUUGUUUUAACGUUUCAUCCAGGCAUUGGUGGGGUGGGUUGAAGGUAUUAAUGGCCAGCCAAGGCGACUUGUCUGUUAAUAACAUAUCGUUGGAGAUUAGGAAAAAGAAGCUGAGUGGACUGCAAAAGAGAGAGGCACUUGAAAGAGAGGUCUCCAUGCUUCAGAAAAUGCUAAAUCAAGAAGAGAAGAUGCAUGAGAUUCUGACACGAGUACAUCAUCAAGAGGAUGGUUCUUCCAUCUCUAUCCCAAACUUCCUCCCUCCAAAGAUGAAGGAAAUCUUAGCAGAGUUGGCUAUGGUUGAAGGGGAGAUAGCUCGUCUAGAAAACCAAAUAAGCCAACUUCAACUUGGUCUGAAGCAGGAACAGGAAGUCACCAAGGAAACAAAAUCAAAACAAUCGCAACCUGGGAGUCUAAUGAGUAAGCUUCAAGGCCUUCCAUCCAGGACAUCUAACCAAAGCCCCAUAAAGCAAGGUGGCCAAGAAAAGAUGGCUUUUGAGACCAAGGCUUUGCAUUUUAUUAGCAAAGCCAUUAAAGGGGAUUAUACUCUUAGUGACUUCAGUCUAAAUGAUAGAAUGGGAAACUCGAGAGUACUUUCUGAUCAGAAAGAAAACCAGUACCAAGGAGAGAUUAAAUUUCAGGAGAGGAUUCCAAGGAAAAGUGGUUUAUUGAAGGCACCUUCACCCUUGCGAGACCCUCGACAUCCAUCACCCAAGCCAAGGGAUCGUAUUCCAGAGUCCAACUGGGACCUCCCACCAAAAUCUCUAUCUACUACACUUCUUUUAGAAGAAAACAGCCAGAAUUGGCAUCCGAACAAGCUUUCUGAGAACAUCAUGAAGUGUUUAAACUUCAUAUUUGUCAGGCUACUUAGAACAUCAAGAGCAAUGGAGCUGGAGAAGUCAGGCCCUAUUACCAGGUCUAUGAACACUCCCACAAGCUCAAGAAGCUUUAGGGUGGAAAAUACUCUGAAUCCAAAGUCAAGUCUUGCGUUACAGAAGGAAUCGAGGCAACAAGACCCAUAUGGUAUCUUCGAUAUGGAAGAGAGUAUUCCAAGGGACGUUGGCCCUUACAAGAACCUGGUCAUAUUUACAUCAAGCUCUAUGGACCCAAAAUGCAUUUCAAGUUCAAGUUCUAUUCCUUUACUUAAAAAGCUAAGGGUCCUGACGAGCAAUCUCCAGAAAGUGGAUCUGAGAGCCUUGACUUGCCAGCAGAAAUUAGCUUUCUGGAUCAACAUGUACAAUGCCUGUAUCAUGCAUGGAUAUCUCCAAUAUGGUGUGCCUAACACCCCUGAAAAGUUUUUGGCACUGAUGAACAAGGCUACUCUCAAUGUCGGAGGCAACACAAUAAGUGCUCGAGCAAUGGAGCACUAUAUUUUGAGGAAACCAGCACCUUCAAACAUAAAAGAGGCUUAUCCAAAGGGUGACAAGGAAGACCAAGAAGCAAUUGUCCGCAAACUUUACGGACUUGAGUUAACGGAUCCGAAUGUCACAUUUGCUCUGUGCUGCGGAACUCGAUCUUCUCCAGCGGUGAGAAUAUACACCGCUGAUGGAGUUGCAGCUGAGCUGGAGAAAUCAAAACUAGAGUACCUGCAAGCCUCAGUUGUGGUGACCAACACAAAAAAGAUUGCAUUCCCUGAGCUUUUGCUUAGAAACAUGUUUGAUUUUGCAAUGGAUAUAAACUCAUUGGUCCAGUGGGUUUGCCAGCAGUUACCAACAUCAGGCUCACUCAGGAAAUCAAUGGUGGACUGCUUCAGGAGCCAUAACAGUGGCAAGAUAUCCAUCACUGUUGAGAAAAUAUCAUAUGACUUCGAAUUCCAAUACCUGCUAGCAAUGUAAACAAAUUGUUUUCCAAGUUUCCUUUGUUUGGGACGAAAGAAAUACGAAUUUAAGAAGAGAAAAUUAUCAAACUUCUUAAAUAAUGUAUAAAUAAAUGA